GCAAAAUCUGCGCGUGCUUGCCACGUGUGACUUCGUAGCAACGUUGCGACACUGUGUGCAGCUGCGAGACGCGCGAGAAGAUGAACGCACGAGGCUUGCAACUGUUGGCCAUCGCUGGGGCUUGUAAUGCCUUGGUGCCUCAUCUGAGAGCUGCUGCCCGCAGCAGCCCUCUCGGUGCGUUCAAGUCCAAUUUCCCGCCGGUCGACGGCCCGGAGACGGACAAUCCGGCUGCGGCAAAGACUGAAUCGGACGCGGCGACCGACGCCUCCCGCGCGGCGCUGGAAGCAUCGUUCGCAGUAGAGGCGGCACCUGUAGCCGAUCCGACCGCGGGGGCGGAGCUCCUCGAGGCGCUCACGGGCAAGACGAAGGGCGCGGACCUCGGCCCAUUAAUCGACGCCUGCGAGGAAAGCUACGACAGGCGGUCCUUCGCCGAGGCCAAAAUACAAGGCCCCUGGCGCCUGAAAUAUCAAUUGGAUGGAAAGAAAGCCCAGCGGUCGCAGAAGGCGCUCGCGCCCGACAAGACGGGUCAUCCCGCCGACAGCGACUUUAUUACUGAUGACAAGGGCCGCAAGGUCUUCCGCAACGUCGCGCGACUCAGCAAGAAGCGCGUCGCGGUCGUCGCGGACGUCGCGUACGAGGUCUCCGAGGGCAUCCCGAACCGCCUCCUGAGCGACAUCGUCGCAGCGUCGAUACAAAUCCAGGUCGGCAAGCGGUUUGGCAUUCCAACGCUCCGCAUCCCGCUCCCGUUGAAGGGCCUCGGGUGGCUCGACGUCACUUACUUAGACGACAAGCUCCGCGUCACGCGCGGCAACCGGGGAGGCCUCUUCGUCCACGUGCGGCCGGAGCUAGACAAGUAAUCAUCCUGAGAAAUUA